AUGCCCAUUACGGGCGUGGUCUUUUACGGGUAUCCCACUAGCUCCUCACAUCCUGCAGCAUGUCAUGCCACAGACUCUCUCCUUCAGGGGGUCACUCGAGACCUGAUUCAUGGCCGCACCGGCCCGAGAUAUGUGGCGGGUGACUUCAAUCAGGCACCACGUAGUCUCCUGGAGGUCAGGCAAUGGGAAGAAUGCGGCUGGGUUGAAAUUCAGAUCCACGCCAGCAUGCAUUGGGGUUGGGAACCCAGGCCAACAUGCAAGGGAGCCACUCAAAGGGAUCUCAUCUAUGUCAGCCCGGAGCUGGCAGCGCUAUGCAUUGGAGUCUCGGUUGAGAACAUGUUUGCCGAUCACGCGUUGGUCAAGGCACAGUUUCAAGGGCUUGGGUUUUACCUUCGCUCCUCCCCUGGAAUGAGAUCGAUGUUGCUUCCUGGCAUGAGGCCUCGGUGGCAGAUCACGUCAGGACCGGCUCAGGCUCUGCUCUUCCCCGUUCGUGUCUUGGGGGAAGUCUCCUUGGCAUCCGAUCUGGUGGGCCACGAAGAGGCCUUUCACGUUUGGUGGCAGACGCGCCGGAUUCAAUUGCAGGGAAGUCCUGGCCUUCUUCCCCCAGCCGUGUUGUGUUUGGAAGGCAUUCAGCGCGUAUAUGAGGACUUUCAUGCGAACUUCAAGUCCUUUGAAGCUUGGAAUGGGCGAGCUAGACGGGACGUGCUGCAGCAUAAGCACCAACAAGGCCGAGAACAGGUUUUCAGGGAGUUGAGAAAAGACCGCUCGCAGACAGUGGACUCUUUGCAGUUCCACCACACCCACAUUGUGGGCGAUGUUGACCCUGACAGUCAUCAAGUCUUCCUGGAAGAACCUGUGGAUUCUCGAGGUCACAGUUCGUGGCAGUUGGAAGGUCAACCCUGUCGGGUCACGGAGGUGGACGGUCAGUUGUGUCAAGUCGUGUCCAGUGAGCGCCCGAUUGUGGGUCAGGAGUUGACCCAGCGUCAGAUCAUCACGUCCGCCGCCGACAUUCAGGCAGAAUUCGCCCGUCAUUGGGCGGCCAAAUGGCAAAGACAUGCAGGAGUUGAAGUUGGUUUUUGGCGGAGGGCUUUGGACUUCUGCAAUGCAUACCUUCCCGCCUGUUCAUUUGAUUUACCGCCUCUCAACAUCAAGACUUGGAAUAAAGCGCUGCAGCGCUACAAGCCGUUGGCUGCUAGAGGUGUGGAUGGCUUCGCUAAGUCUGACCUUGUCAACAUGCCUCCUCCCAUGAAGCAAGAGCUUAUCUCCUUCCUCUCCAGGAUUGAAUCUGGAGACGCUGACUGGCCAGCUCAGAUGCUUAUUGGUCUGAUCAUGAACCUGGAUAAGGAGUUCAACACGCUACCAAGGGCCCCCGUUUUCCUUGCAGCGUCACGGCUUGGGAUUCCGAACUUCUUGAUCCAAGCAUGGGACAAGUUCCUGGGCGGCCUUUCUAGGUCUUUUGUGGUUCAUGGGGAGGCAGGAGAGCAGAUCCUUUCUUCCACAGGAUUCCCGGAAGGAGAUCCAAUGUCCACGGUCGCAAUGACCAUUAUAGACUGGGCUUGGCACCUCUAUCUGCAGCAAUAUGCCCCUUCAUCAGUACCUCUGAGUUUCGUGGACAAUUUUAGUUGCAUGGCUCGGGACACUGCCGGUCUCGCGCAAGCCCUCACCUGCACUCGGUCAUUUGCAGACAUGUGGAGUCUGGAAAUUGAUGGGGUCAAAACUUUUGCAUGGGCCCUGCGGCCGGCGUCUAAACGCGCUUUAAAGCGACUGUGGUUGAUGCUGCUAAAGACCUGGGAGGUGUCAUGA